AUGAUUACCGAUUCGGAAGCCCCAACCUACAAUUUUAACAGCGAUGAUGAAGCGCCCUGCGAGUACCUGAACGAUGUCUAUGCGAUAAGCGAGGACACCUUUUCGUUUAAAAUUAUCAAGCAGUUGGGGGAGGGCUACUACAGUCCCGGAAAUGGACACAAAGUAAAAAUAAUAUACUACGAACUAGGUUCCGAGGACAAAAUCGCCAGUGCUAACGUAUAUUUAGGAAAAAAUGACAAACUGCCCUACAUCUGCGAAAUCGCUGCAAAGUGUAUGAAGCCAAAUGAGGUGUGUAUCAUUCAGGCCCCCAAGCUAUUCACAAAAACGUUUAGAAACUCCGAACGGAAGAACAAGUAUGAUAGGAAAGAAAACUUCAGGACGGAAUUUAAAAAGGCCCUAAGAUUUAAACAAAAGUGCGUCGAAAAGUACUUUAGCUACUCCACCGUGGCAACCUUGAAAAGGAUAAAAUUAAGUUCAAACGAUGUAAAAUUGCUAGUGCGAAAAAGGAAAUUAAAAAAGGCUACCCCGGAUGGAAAGCCCAAUGUAGCCCAAAAAAACGCGUCAAGUGAAGAACUCAAAGGAGAUGAUCCACACAAAUGCUCCGAAUCGUUAACCUUAGAAGAUAUUAACAAUGUAAAGUAUAAAUUUUUAAAAGAGGAGGAACUGAGCACAUACGUUGUGUACUUGAAAGAAUAUAACCGAGUGGACAUUCUAAAUGAUGACAGAACCAUAAUAAAGGAAGUCAUGCGAGAAGGGAAAGGAAUUGUUACCCCCAAGAAAAAUGAUUACAUUGAUUUUUUUCUACAAGAUGGAAAGAAGAGCGAGUUUAUUCACACCAUCUUGGAGGUACAUAAUUUAAAAUACAGAGGGCUCUUCCAGAUUCUGCAAAAUAUGAAAAAAAAGGAAAUGUCCAGAAUCGUUCUUAAAGGUUUGGAAUGCCUCCACAUCUACCACUCUGUGCAAAACACACACAUAGAAAAGGAGGAGCCAUAUGGCCAGGAAAAAAAACCAAACGAUGUGCAGCAGGGUCGAAGGGACUUUUGCCAAGAUGACAAGCAGGAGGGCAUCUUAAACGAAACCAGUUUGCCCAGCUUCGAAUCAAAUCAAGUGAAACAAAAUGAUGGUGAGAUGAAAGAGGGACAGGAGGAGGCCCAUCUCCACACCAGUAACGAAUUACCCAAGCAGAAAAAAGAAAUAAUUAUAGAACUAGUGGAUUUUAAAAAGUCCAAACGGGUUAAUAUCUCUUCAAUUAUCAACCAGAACUACACGGAAAAACUACUUUUCUACCUGUCGGAGGAUGGUAAAAAUCAAAACCCAAACAAGCCCAUCAUUGACGCCGAUUGCGAGCUGAUAAUCCAUGUAAGUAUCAACAAUGAUAAGGACAGAACGAAAGGCGAAAGAAUGCAUUUGCCGGUUCAUUUCUGGAAGAACAAUGGCAGUAUUAAAAAACGAAAGGCAUUUUUUCUUUUUUCGUACGGGUCAUGCUUCACCGCUCCUCUUUGGUUUUACGAAUGCUUCAAGGGACUAAAGGAGGGGGAUGAAGUAAUCGUUCCUUUGUCAAAAAACAGGAAUGUUUUUUCGGAGAACCAGUUCGCUUACCAUUUAAUUUUUGAGGAAACCGCCCCAGGGGAAGAAGCACACCAGGGGCAAGGCGGCACAGAUGAAGUUGAAGUUGAAGGUAUUAAACGGAAUAGUGACCUAAAGAACGACCGUAAGGAGCCCACCCCAAAUGACAGCCGCCAAAUAACCAAAAGGAACCACUCGGGGAGGAAAUCGUCCAAAAUGAAGGACCGAAAAUUUGUGCAGCGCCUCAUUUCCAACCGCAAUAAAGGCAAAGGCUUCUUUCUAAUAGAUGGCUUGAAGAAAAACCAAGUGGACCGCUUUUGCGAAGGUUUCUUUUCGUCGCAAACGGCCCUGAUCGAUGGAACCCACGAUGAGGCGGAAUCGCCAAAAUCGCCCUUUCAUUGUAGCUCCUUCCAAAAAGUCAUGCGGAAAAAAUUUUACAAAAGUGUAGCCAACAUUCAAAAGAGGCGAAAACUCACCAGGAUGAAGCAUCAGCUGAGGAAACAGCUUUACGGAGGUAACUCAUACAAAGAGUGUAUCUCAAAAAAGCUGCAACAUAGAGGAAAAAAAACGGAUAAUUUUUCCUUUUUCAAAAGAGCGCUAAAAAAUGUGUACUUUGAAAAAUCCUUCUACCAAAAAGAUGCCAUUUUAAAAAUAAAAAUUGUUAAACUUAUUUGUAAAAAGAAAGACCCGUGGAAUAUGAACAUGUCAGAACAAAUUGAGUACCUAAAAAUUUACAACAAAAUGGGCAAUACGUUUAUGAAAAAAAAUUUGUACUACGCAGCCUCACUUCAUUACAUAAAAGGCUUCGACAUAUUUCGCUUUUCCAAAAUGUACACUUUAAUUUUUGAGGAAAAGAAAACAAAUGUGUCAAAUUUAGCCACGGAUGAUGAUAUGGCCAAGGAGCUCGUACUACACAUGGAAAAGAUACUAACCAACUUGGCCAUUUCUCACUACAAAUUAGGAAACUACAACGAGUGUGUUAAGUAUGCAGAAAGCGCUGCCACUAUAAAUCCGGAAAAUGUUAAAUGCAUUUAUUGGAAACAUAUGGCAUAUUUGCAGCAAAAUAAAUAUCACCAAGUUAUAAAAAAUUUGAACAAUUCUUUUUGCCUCAACAAUUUGACACUGCUAAAGUUGUACAACACCGCCCGCGUAAUAAAGAAAAAACAGGACGCCCACUUUAAUUCACUUUUUUACGCCAUGUACGAUCAGAAGUGA